UGCAUUGAAUUUGUUGACUUUUCAGCACCAUGGAUGGUGACAAGAAAGAAGAAACGUGCAAAUAUUUAGAACCAAGUUGCACUCAAAUGAAUCUACUUUCACCAAGUAGGCUAUAAACCUGAUCAUUGGGAGGUUGGAACCAUCAUUCAUUGUUUUGCAGAAGCCGUUCAACACAUAUUUUGGAGCAGCCGCCUGAAAUACUCCGUAAAUUCUUUUGCAGUGAACCUUGAAAGAUACCAUAGGAUAUACAGUUUUUGGACUUUUUAAAGGUGUUCUUUCAAAGAUCCCAAACGUCUUGCUUUGAAAUUGAAGUAGUAGUGGGGUCUCUUAAAGGACUCUCUGUUCUCUUUUUUCAGCACUAGCCAUCUCAGAUCAUUGAAGACUUCAUCAUUUCUUUGAGGACUUUCAGACAUUUCUUCUCCAAUUACUCUUCCAACUUAGAGGAUUGUAGUUUUUAAUAAAUUGAAGAUGUAUCUUGUGGAGAGCAAAGGAGGUGCCAUAGCUUGCAUGCUGCUUGCUCUUUUCUUCUUGGGCACCUGGCCUGCUAUUAUCACUCUGCUAGAAAGACGAGGACGCCUUCCUCAGCACACUUACCUUGAUUAUACAAUGACAAAUCUCUUGGCUGCAGUCAUUAUAGCUUUAACGUUUGGUCAGAUAGGGGAGAGCACGGUCGAACGACCCAAUUUUUUGACUCAACUUUCUCAGGACAAUUGGUCCUCUGUUCUGUUUGCAAUGGCUGGUGGGGUGGUUCUCAGCCUGGGAAAUCUUUCCACACAGUAUGCUUGGGCUUUUGUUGGUUUAUCAGUUGUACAAGUGAUUUCAUCAAGCAUGACUGUUGUCAUAGGCACAACCUUGAAUUACUUCUUAGAUGACAAAAUCAAUAGAGCUGAGAUCCUUUUCCCAGGUGUUGGUUGCUUCCUGAUAGCUGUUUGUCUCGCAUCAGCUGUUCACUCAUCCAAUGCAGCUGAUGAUAAAGCAAAGCUUAGCUGUUUGUCAAAUGAGAACAAAACCGGGACCGAGGCUGUGCUUUCCUCUGUGCCCGAAGAAACAUUUCCAAACAAGGUAACAAAGGAUCUAGAGACUGGGAACGGUCCUGUACACAAGGCAAAAGCAGGAACAGCAACUUUCCUGAUAGAGCUUGAGAAAAGAAGGUCAAUCAAGGUGUUUGGAAGGAGCACUUUCAUUGGACUGACCUUAACUUUCUUCGCCGGCGUUUGCUUCUCCCUCUUCUCCCCAGCAUUCAACUUGGCAACAAACGAUCAGUGGCACACUCUGAAGGAAGGGGUUCCUAAGUUGGUUGUCUACACAGCAUUUUUCUACUUCUCGCUCUCUUGCUUUGUGAUUGCUCUCAUCCUAAACAUCAGCUUCCUUUACCAUCCAGCUCUGGGAGUACCCAGAUCAACCUUUAAGGCCUAUCUAAAAGACUGGAAUGGCCGAGGCUGGGCCUUCCUGGCUGGCCUUCUCUGUGGCUUUGGGAAUGGUCUCCAGUUCAUGGGAGGUCAAGCUGCAGGCUAUGCUGCAGCAGACGCUGUUCAGGCACUUCCCCUGGUGAGCACAUUCUGGGGAGUAAUUCUGUUUGGAGAGUACCGAAGAUCAUCCCGAAGAACAUAUGUGUUACUAUUCACCAUGUUGUUCAUGUUCAUUGCGGCUGUCGGAAUACUCAUGGCAUCAGCCGGGCAUAGGAAAUGAAGAUGCAGCUUUCCAAGGAUUGGAGUACAUACCUGCAGGAAGAUGACUAUGAUAUACUUUUGCAUGUAUUUUAUAUGGUUGCGAUUUGAAUGUCAAAGAUAGAAACCUAUUAAAUUAUCCAAUGAUCAAUAUAUAAUCAAAUAUAUGAAAAUUAGAGAUAUUCAUUGGUCAGUCGAAAG